AUGGCUAAAUCAAUAAAAAACAUAAAUAACAAGCUAGAAGGACCUAAACAUGUACUCAAAGCUAUUAUUCUUGCAGACUCAUACAGCAAUCAAUUUAAGCCAUUAACACUGGAAAAACCAAGAUGUCUUUUAUUACUCGCAAAUGUUCCACUAAUUGAGUAUACAUUUGAGUUUUUGGCAUUAGGUGGAGUUGAAGAGGUUUAUGUAUUUUGCCAUGCACAUGCACAAAAAAUAAAAGAAUAUAUCGAGCAAUCAAAAUGGAAUCAACCGGCAUCUCCAUUUUCAGUACAUACGAUUAUCUCUUCAGAGAGCUUAUCACCAGGAGAUGCAUUACGUGAAAUGGACACAAGAAAGUUAAUUGAAUCAGAUUUUAUACUAAUCAAUGGUGACGUGGUGAGCAAUGUUCCACUUAAAAAGAUGUUAAUGGAACAUGAUACACGGAGACAAAUAAACAAAAACGCUAUUAUGACAAUGCUUGUACGAAAAGCAAAUCCAUUUCAUCGUACAAGGUUUCUUUCUAUGUCCGAAACAUCAGUGUUUGCGAUAGAAGCAAAUACACUCCGAUGUCUACAUUAUGAACCAAUUCAAAUAAAACCAAGGACAAAAUUCGUUUCUAUUGAGAGUAAAAUCUUUAAUGAUCAUGCAAAAAUUGAAAUUCGAAAUGAUUUGAUUGAUUGUAACGUCGAUAUAUGUUCUCCCGAGGUCCCAGCACUAUUUACAGAAAAUUUUGACUAUCAAGAUAUACGAAGGGACUUCGUUCAUGGAAUUUUGACAAGCGAUUUACUUGGGAAAACAAUUUAUUGUUAUAUAGCCGAAGACAAUUAUGCUGCCUGUGUACAAAGUUUACAAUCUUAUAGUAUUAUUACAAGGGAUAUUAUUUGCAGAUGGGCUUAUCCUUAUGUUCCAGAUAGUAAUCUUCUUCCUGGUCAAUCUUAUGAAUACUUAAGGCGCCACAUUUACAAAGAUGAAAAUGUUAUUCUUCCAAGGUCUGUUAGCCUUGGAUCAAAAAUAAUUAUUGGUUCCGAGACCAAACUUUUUGAAAAUACAACUAUAACAAACUCCACAAUUGGAAAAAAUUGUAUAAUUGGCAACGAUGUUAUAAUUGAAAACUCUUAUAUAUGGGAUAAUGUUGUUAUUAAUAAUGGCUGUAAAAUAACAGGUUCAAUAAUAGCAGAUGACGUUAUUUUGGGAAAGAAAAGUAUUAUACAAGAUGGUGCAAUUAUUUCUUUCGGAGUAAAAAUAUCAGAUGAAAUAGUUAUUUCAGGAGAUCUACGGUUAACUAACUUUCCUCCUGAGAAAGAUCUUAAAGAUGAUACACUUAAACUAACAGAUCACACUAUUGUUGGUAUAGAAGGAAAAGGAUAUAUUUAUAAUGAUAGUGAAUCAUCCAAUGAAGACAGCGAAUCUGAAACCAAAACUACAAAUUUUUCAUCUCUCAUAUAUAACAUGGAAAAAAUAACCAUAAGUGAUACAUCUCUUUCAUCAAUACCAUCGGAGGAAUUCGAACAACCGCAAAGACGCUCUUCAGCAACUAUGACAACUAUGUCGGAUGAAUCAGAUGCGGUAAAUGAAUAUUUUUAUAGAGAAGCAUUAUCAGGUUUAGAACAAGCUUUUGAUGAAAACCAUGCCAUAGAAAAUGUUAUUUUAGAAAUUCAUUCUUUAAGAAUGAGUACAAAUGUUAGCUAUUCAGAAGUACGAAAUAUAAUUAUCAUGGCAUUUCUCAACCAAAUUUUAAAACUAUUAUCACAAGGAGGGAAAUCUGUAGAAGAAAUUGUUCAACAAUACAUAAAAAAGUGGAUUUUAUUGCUCGAAAAAAUGACAUUCACAGACGAAGAUAGAGAAGAAGCUCUACUCGCUUUACAGGAGUUGUGUUCAAAACAAAUAGAAUACAUGAAAUCGUUUCCAAGUCUUUUAAAAUUGUUUUAUAUAGAAAAUAUUGUAGAAGAAGAUCAUAUCUAUACAUGGUUCAAUAAUCCAAAAGCAAAAGAAGGCUCUUUAGAAAAAAAAAGACUUUACAAAAUCGGUGCAAAAUUCGUCACAUGGCUCCAAAAUGCAGAAGAAACUUCAGACUAA